CUUGAAGAAAAGUUGCUGCCAACCAUCGUCGUCCGCCGGCGAGCAGUGGUCCGCCGCCGUCUGCUUCCUCCUCUGGUGCGCGGCUUCAAUCUCAGUUGCCGCGGCCUAGAGCCGCGGCUCUCUGCGUGAUAUUUCCCCCCUCCUCUGAAGCUUUAAUCAUCAUCAAUUUAUAGCAAGAGGAUUGUUUACCGUUGUAGAUUUGAGUGAGUAGAGAGUGCCGUUGCUAUUGAUUGAGGCGAAACUGACGGAGGAGCGUUGAAGAAGCUGGGCGCUGGUUUAUCGCGAAGAGAAGAAGUCAUAGACUUCAAUUCUCCGUUCUUUUUUUUUUCUUGCGUGAAGAUAAAAUCCGAAACUCAGAAAUGGAGCUGCAAGCUAAGAUUUCUCAUGUUAAUGUUCCUGAAAGCUCUUCUAAGGGCUUCGACACCCCUCAAAUUCUCAAUACUGGAAUACCAGUUGAACAUGUAGAUAUUGAGGAUGUUACUGACGAGGAGUUUCCUCCGCUGAACUGCCCAGCCCCCAAAACUGUUCCUCAGACUUUUAGUAAUCUGCAUUCUAACACUCAUGAACACUAUAUAACUGCAUUUCGAACUUAUGUUAAGCAUUUAUUAUCGUUGGGGAAAACUGAGGAAGCCAUUGAAGUUGCUCUGAAGUAUAGUCCUAAAUCUAUUCAAACUCCAUUGUUGGUUGAAUCUGAGAAAUCUGCUGACCUAUUUGUUGAACCUGAUAAAUCUGUUGCUCUAAUUGUUGAACCUGAGAAAUCUACUGGUGGAAUUGCUAACUCUACUGUUAAGAAAAAUACAGUCACUAUUGGAUGGAGAGGACCUAGACAUGUGAUUCUCACAUUUUCAAAUAGCCAGGAUUGCACUGAUAUUCUGCUUAAAAGCCAAAUUGCUUUUAAUGGUGCUAACCCCAUGAGAUUAUUCAGAUGGACCCCAGAUUUUAAUACUGAAACUGAGACAUCUAUUGCUUCAGUUUGGAUAUCUUUGCCAGGUUUACCUAUUCAUUUCUUUGAUAAGGCUGCUUUGGCUUUAGGUUGUAAACCUUUGGGAAAAGAAGAUGAAGGUUUCUACCAAUCUAUUGAAUAUGAGAGAAUCCCUCUAUAUUGCUCUAAAUGUUUCAAGCAAGGCCACUCAGCUGAAAAAUGUAAACUGGAAGAUAGCAAUCACUUUUUGGCUGAAAAAACAAGGAAGGGUAAAAAUAUUCUGACAGAAGAUAACUCUCACCAGGACAGGCCAGAAAGAAGGAGGAGUAGAAGUAGAGGCCCUAAAGCUCACAAACAGACUACUCACAAACAAGAUGUUCUUGAUUUAAGGCCAACAGCUGCUGGACCUUCAAAUGUACAGAAGGAUAUAUCAAAGAAAAAUGUCCCUCAAAAGAAACAAGAAUCUGAUGUGUUGAAAGCUGGGGUGGACCAAUCCUUUCAAAUGGUACAGAGGAAAAAUUCAAACCAGAAAGGACAGCUAGCAGGAUCUUCUGCAAAGGAAGCCUCCAAUACAAAACUUUUCCCCCUUAAUUCAACUAUUGGUAUACUUCCCAAAUCUGCACAAAUGGGCCCUUCCAGUUCCCACACUAUUAACAACAGCAACAGUUUUGCAGUGCUGAGUCAGCCUAUUGAGGACCUGCCAACAUUAAACCCCCAAGCACCUGAAUUUAAUCCCACACAAUAUACACUUGGGGUUCUUAAAGAAGUGCCUUUACAGUCAAUGGACCAAAAUCCACAAAAUAUGAGCAUACUUUUCCCUGUGAUACCCACCAGUGAGAUCCCUAAGCAGCUAAUUUGUGGUGAGAACACCUUAGCCAAUACCAUCCCAUCUAAUUCAAAUGUAAUGUUGGAAGAAAUAGAUCCUGGACCCCAAACUGCUGAGAAUGCUAUUGAGGAAGUCUGGUCAGAUGAAGGUUAUGCUAGUCCCAUUGGAGAAGAAGACUCCUUCUGUUCACCAGUGUUUGAUCCUAAAUCAAAAAAGCUUUUAAAUGAUAUUUCUCUGGAUGUUCCUGCAGCAAACACCAGAAAGGGUUCAUCCAAGGCAAAACCACCCAAACCCCCUACAACUAAGAAGGGAGCAGAACACUGUGAAUCCACUAAAAAACAUAUAGGCUUCUCACAACAUUUUGUUGGGUGCUCUGGGAAAAUUUGGUUACUUUGGAAGGAUACUUAUACCAUUAAGGUUCUCUCUGAUGAGGAACAAGUGGUUUUUGUGGAUGCAACCCAUACCCCCAGUCAAAAAACUGGAUUUAUGGCCUUUGUCUAUGCUAAAACCAAAAGCUGGUUAAGAAAGGAUCUCUGGGCCUCCCUGGUACAGUUUACUCAGUCUUAUACUGUUAAUAAACCCUGGGCAGUUGUUGGAGACUUUAAUUGCAGCCUAAAUCCUGAUGAGAAAAAAGGGGGUCUCCCUAUGUCUUUAAAUGCCAGCUGGGAUUUCCAACAAUGCAUCAAUGAUUGUGGUCUUAUGGAAGUCACCACCUAUGGUAAUACCUUUACUUGGUGGAAUGGUAGGAGGAAAUCUCACUCCAUCUGGAAGAGAUUGGACAGAUGUCUGGUUAACCAAUCCUGGGCUGACACAUUUCAGACUAAUGUUCAUGUUCUCUCUUUAACCACCUCUGAUCAUUCUCCACUUCAUAUAUCCACAACAAUACCAACUUGUACUACUGCCCCUAGGAAAUUUUAUUUCCUUAAUGCAUGGACCACUCAUGCUGAUUUCAUGCAGGUUGUUGAAAAGGCUUGGAAAACAACUCUGUCUGGCCCACCUAUGGUUCAGGUUGCUGCUAAGCUAAAGGCUACUACUUAUGCACUUAAUACAUGGAAUAAGCAAGUCUUUGGCAAUAUAUUUACUAAAUUGGAAGAUCUUGAGAAGAAGGUUCAGAAUGCUGAAGAACUCUACCAGGCUGACCCUAGUGAUGAAAAUUUAAUCAAUUUCAAAUCUGUUGAAGCCUCAUACAUCCAUCAAUUACAUCUGGAAGAGCUGUUUUGGAGGCAAAAAGCCCAUAUUCAAUGGAUUGAGGAUGGGGAUAGGAAUUCUAAGUUCUUUCACUCUAUAGUGAAGGACAGGAGAAGGAGAUUAUAUAUCCACAAAAUUAAAGACCAGACUGGAGCAUGGAUUGAGGAUCAAAAACAGAUUGCUCAACAGGCCAUUGAAUUUUACCAACACCUUUUCACUGAAGAAUCCAGGAUUGAGCCAUACAUCACCUGGAGGGUUUAUGAUGCUUCUUUGAGUUUUUGGUGGGAUAAUUGGACUGGAUUGGGACCAUUGGCAAGGGUGACUAAUCAGGCACAUGGUAAAUAUUGGCAACAACCUCUCAAGGAGAACUUAAUCAAUUCAUCUUUCAACUUUGACCACUUACAGUCCCUCAUGGACCCUGGUUUUUUCAUUCAUUUUCAAGUAGAUCUUUCUUCUCUUGGCUCAAAUAAUGCGGAUCAGGCUCUCUGGCAACCUAAAUCCAAUGGAGUUUUCUCUAUGAAGGCUGUCAAAGAUUUCUUAAGGCCUUGUGGUAAUGUUGAUAUCUACUUACAGAAUUGUUGGCACACUUAUAUUCCUUUUAAAAUGUCCUUUUUGGGCUGGAGACUUCUACUGAGGAAACUCCCCCUGGAUUCCACUUUGCAAAAGUUUGGGUAUGUCCUCCCUUCCAAGUGUAGUUGUUGUACCAAACCCACUUGUGAGACUACUGAGCAUGUAUUUGCACAAAGUGAGGUGGCUAAAACUGUGUGGAAAUAUUUCUGUGGGCUGUUUGGUCUGAAUGAACAAGGCAUAUCCACUGUUAAGCAGUAUCUUAAUGUUUGGUGGGGAGCUAAAUCACAUCCUAAAAAGUACACUGAUGCUGUGGAAGCUGCAGCUAGGAAAUGGCCUAACCUCCGUAAAAAUCUUUCUGAUUGGAAGGCUAUUUUCAAUUUAAAUGGCCAUCUGUCCAGUUCUUAUCAGGCUCCUACUAAGAUGUGGCAGUUUCCUCCUCCAAACAGUGUGAAAAUUAAUGUCUCUAUGUUCUCCAAAGAACAUCAAUUUGGUACUGGUGUUGUGGUUAGGGACUCCAAAGGUAUAUUCUUGUAUGCUUAUGGCAGUGUUGGACAUGCUUCAGCCCUAGGAGCCACUAUGGAUAUCCUCUUGAUCAUACUGCAAUGGUGUUUAACUUCUGGUUCUUCUACUGAUUUUUGUGAUGGUCAUACUAAUCGUGUUACUAAUUAUCUGGUCCAAUGGUGUUGUAAUCACCUUCAUUCUAGUAUGGAUUUUUUAGGUAUUUUUGAUCUACCUGCACAAUGUCAGCUCCUUGGUCAACAUGAUAUUCAGCAGUCCUUUCUACCUGAGGGUAUGGAGAACUUGGAUCUUGGGGGUGCUCAUUUUCCUUUUCCUACUUUCUAGGGGAUUGUGUUUGCGUUGUUUGAAGAUUUUUUAAACCAUUACUGGUUAUACUGGGGUUAUGGAGAAGUUUGGAUAUUAUGGGUGCGCUUAUAAUAUCUUUUCCUAGCCUUGGUAUGUAUGGUUUGUGGAGUAAGGAGUGGUUGACUCGGAUGGGUUUUUAUUCCUCCCGUUGGAGAUGAUUACCACUCCUUUGUGUUGCCAUGCCUCUCCGUAUGACCUUUUUUGUCUUAGUGUGGUUAUGCUCGUGUUGGCCUGGUGUGAGUUUGGAUUGUCGUGUUGGUUUGAUGUUUUAGACCUUAUUGUGGCUUUGGUCAAGCCCUAGACUAUUAUGUUGUUUGUUUUGAUCUUAUUGUGGCCUUGAUCAAGCCUUAGUUAGCUUGUUUGUUGUUUAGACCUUAUUGUGGCCUUGGUCAAGCCGUUCUAGGUUCCCUU